GGGCUCGCCUGCCAGACACCAUUGUUCUGCGAGUAACGGAGCCAGCGAGUGCAAAAGCCAUUUAUCGUCCCAUUUCUCCCCGCAAAGCACGCGAAGAGAGCGCAGGGACAGUUGAGCGGCGCCCGGUUCUAAUAACUCGUCACGUGAAUCGCCCUUCUCUGUCGAUGUUAGCGGCGUCGGCGGCCUUGGACUGUGGCCUUCGGACGGUCUUGGGCACAGGCCCGUUCCAACGUGCGUGAAGUGAAGCAUGCAAGCGGCCACGGCGACGCACGGCUUCCGCCUUGCGGCCGAUAUCGGAAGCUGGCUUUGAUUGGUGUUGGGUGUCGCGGGCGCCGCUGGCCGCCGUUUCCAGACGCGAUAUGUCCGGGGAGAAGAUACUGCGCGAGGAUCAGCGUCACCGAGCGUGGCUGGGCGAGGAUGUACUUGUGGACGGCGUCGCUCAGGACUCCCUCGCCGAGCUGAGAAGGCUCCUGGAAGAUGAGCCCGAGCUCGGGGCCCCGACCGACUCUGCGGACUUGCUUCGCUUCCUGCGACUCCGCAAGUAUGACGUCGGCGCCUCGUUGGAAGCGCUGAGAAAGUACUGCGAGAUUCGCGCCUCCUCGCCGAACAUAUUUGAAGGCCUCAAAGAUCCCGAGAAGUUGCGCAAGCUGACGAGAGAUUACAUCACGGUUCUGCCGCGGAGGAACCUCCAUGGACGGCCGGUCGUAUUCUACAAACUUGGCAGUUGGCAGCCGUCGAAGGUCAGCCACCUGCAGAUGACGCAGGCCGUGGUGAUGUGCCUCGAGUACGCGUCCAGGCAUCCGGCGGCUCAGACGGCGGGCGUUGCUUUAGUCACCGACUUCGAAGGCUGGUCCUUCGGCAAGAUGCGAUUCUUCGACAUUGGUGUCAUGAAGGACUACUUGCAUUACCUGCAGAAUUGCGCUCCCAUCUUAGCGAAUGAAGCUCACGUGAUCCGACAGCCAGCUGCCUUCAGUGUCUUGUUCGCGCUCAUGCGGCCUUUCAUGAGAGACGAGACCAUCAAUGCGAUAACGUUUCACGGGAAGCACGUCGAUCAACUUUACGCUGACAUUUCCCCGAGCAUGCUCUUUUCAGAGUACGGAGGCACAGCACCGAGCACAGAUUGGGACCUGUUCUGGACAAGCGUAUGCCAGGAGCACAGCGAGGGCAAAGCCGGUCGGCAGCUGUAGAAGCCAACUUAGCUUUGUGAUCAGAUUCUCUGUGCUACAACACGAUGUCACAGGAGUGCCAAAUGACAACUGUUUCAACCUGUGCGGACAUUUGUGGACGUGUUCACCUUCCCUAGAGGGCAAUCAGAGAAGGAAAAGGGAGGAAGUUCUACGAGACUCACGUUCACGUUUAUACCCUGCUUUGCGGGCAAGAGUAAAUAGUGAGGGGAUGAGUUCAUCAUUUUCUGUUUUACCUUAGGACAAGGGACGGACCGAGAGUAGUACCGAAGGGAGGCGGAGAAGGGGGGGGGGAUGCGGAUUUAACGUGCUGCAUGCCCGCUCAAAUUCUUUGGCGCGCGGUUUUUUCUGGCCAACAAUUACAAAGGCUAAAUGUGUCAGAAGUGCCGACACGGCAUGUAACAGGGGUGCAAGAGGCCGUUAGAAGGGCCCUGGAUCUUGUGGAACUUCUCAUGAAAGUGCCCCGAUGCUCAUAGUCUACUGACGAAGACAAAACGCACUAUGCUUUUGACAUCUUUAUGCAGUUAAUUAAGCAGCAAAUGAAAAAUAUACAAUGAAACAACAAGUUUUUACGAAGAGAUCUGUUUCUUCUAAUUACCGCCUUAUAAAGGCAAUGGCCUCAGCUUACUGGUGAGUGUGUUGUAAGCAGUCUGGCGUUCAUCUAAAUAAUAAAUUACUAGCACUUACAUUCGGCUUUCUGGCAGUGUAAAUCGAUAUAAACCACGACUUCGCCUGUACUUUUUAAAAUUAUUAUUGCUGUGGUGUAACGAGGACAUUUGCUAGAUCCAAGACGGUAAGUCGGAACAGGAAUAAUUUUCAGCUUACCACAAGCGUACCUGAAAACGGUAUUAUUGCAUAAGAUGGACCGUAUAAUGUAAUGCAACUUUCCAGUGAAGCUUCAACUUAAUGCAACUCACGUGCGGUAGGACAAGAAAGAGGCGAAACGAAGACGCUGAAGGGUACAUUUAAUUCCGGGGAGCAUUCAACGACGUCUGUAUGUCAUUACGUCUCUGUCUCUCAUGAAUGCAUUUCCCUUUCUCUGACAGUCCGUGUUUCGGUUCGUUCUUAACCAACUGUCUCACAAGUUGCCCACCUGAAAGCUCAGCUGUGAUUCACCCCACCUUCCUCUGAUCAUUCAGCUCUUUUAUCCAGCAUCUGAAACAUUAGUAUUUAAAAAGUAGCCAUGGCAACAAAAUGCGUAAGGGUGCAGGGCUUUAACCCAUUAUCACUUUCCGCAGUGAUAGGUGUGAAACAGGGGCGUAGUCAGGGGGGGGGGGCACUUAUGGGGCUUCAGCCCCCCCCUGAAUUUUUUUCGUGCUGUGAUGCACCGCCGACCAAAACAACCCCUGGUGCGGAAAGUCAUUCUAGAUUUUGUCUAGAAUGUCUAUUUCACGCUCGAAAAGGCAUUUAAGCGCUCAUAUUGCGAACUCGGGCUGGAUUUCGCGCCAACGCCCACGCACCGGGAGUCGCAUAACGCAAGCAGCCUCGUCCUAGCACAAAGUUUCAAGGGCGUUUUGAUGGUGAUGGGGCUCGUCGCGGCAUCUCGUGGAGGCCGCGGAAUCUACGGAGCACAUGGAUUUCAAUUCCGAACCCUUAUGGGUGAAAUUUCUCAAACUUUCGAUGCGAAAGGUACAUUGACAUGUCCAAAGUAGUGCGUUAAAUUUUCAAUUCCGGAAAUUGGUGGGUUUAAUUUUCUGAUAAACGUUUGACGCCAAAGGCACAUUGACUUUCCAAAAGUCGUACAUCGGACCAUACAACGAGAAAGCCAAAUCAACACACUGUCAAACAAGUUGACAAAGCACGCAGUGAAGUCCGAUAAGACGAAGCGUUGUUGCGGUUCAUUUGUGCCGUCAUGCCACAGAAAAAAUAGCAAAAAUGUUUUCACCUGCGCCAAAGCAUCCAUUUCAAGACACUAAAGCCAAGCGAAGGUAACUACAUUCUUAUUUAUUUUCUACGCUUUCUGGCUAGCAGACGAGAAAAAUAAACAAUGGUCGCUCGCCGCCAUCACUGUGUGGACUCGACUGAUCGCAACGCGUUCGCUUGAGUGCAACCUCUCCGGAAAGUCUUGUCUCGCCGGUGCAGGAUACCGAGCAGUAUGCUUCUCCGUGAACCAAACGUCUCACGUUUUCUUCGCUAUUCUUUCGGUAGCCACAUUAGGUGCCCAAAGUAGGCAUUCGAGUGUGGCCAACAUAACAUGCUUUCCUUUGCGUUUUUAUAUUUCGUUUCCUCCGCCAAACAAAAGAAAAAAGUCAUUGUUGCGGCGCAGUGAAUUGGCGCAUGGUGAAAGUUUGGUUUUGUUACUUCUUCUUUUGCGCAAAGUAAUGGGCCACGGGACACUUCAUUUUCCGGGUACUCUUACUACAUUAUUGCGAUAGCAAUUAUAUGGACACUUCAGGCUCAUUCCUGCCGUCGCCGUCGCCCUCAUGUUCCGUAUAAAGUCCAAGGGCGAUAAUAUCGUGACAGUGCGCCGCAUACUGUAUGUGCUAGUGAAAGCGUAGGGGAGAGGGGGGGAGGGGCAUGAGUGAGCCGACGAUGGUGGCUCAGUCUUGUGUGCGCAAGGGAGGAAAGCGGGAAGGAAUCGCGGCGCCUUUCGUCGUGCGCAACACAUCGGGUGGAGUGGAGGGAGGGGGGGGGGGUGCGAGCCUUCGGAUGCUGUGAUCUGAUCUGUGAAUCUGUGAUGCGCAACAUGUUUAUUUGCCAUGCUCGACGCAUUAUAUACAGUGACUUUUUCUUAGAUACGUAGAUUUAUUGGAGACUUAUACGCGUUUAAAUAUCUUUGCGAGGUUUUGUGUAUGUGUGCAGUGAACGUUGUAUCGAGUGAUACUUUUAUGCCAUUUAUCAAGCUGUAUUUUCUCAAUUGUAUAUUUCAUUGUAUCUUCGCAUUUCUAAUGUACGAGGGCGAGUCAAAUGACAGUGAGCCAACCAACCCCGCGCACUAAUGGUUCGGUUCAUUAUGUGCGAGGCAUGCGCGUAGCUCACAGGCAUCUCUCAUGUACAAAAGUGACAAGCAGAUGUGAGGAUAAAUUUUCUCUAAUGCUCUCAUACACUGGGUUUAACAUGGUUGAGUGACAUAAUGGACGCUAUAAAAGUUGAACAGCGUGGUGUCGUGAGGUUUUUGAUAGCUGAAGGUGUUUCCCGAAAAUAAGUUAGUCGCCGUGUAGCUGCCGUGUACGUUGAACAUUGCAUCUCAUAGGAGAAAAUGGUUCAAAGAAGGACGUGAAAGUUUGAAAGAUGAUCCAAGACCUGGCCAAAGCCACCGUGCAAUAACCCGAACGCAAUUACAAAGGUUGAUGAGCGUAUUAGACAAUAACGGAGGAUAAGCAUUGAUGAACUGGCAGAGCGUAUGAACAUCAGUAACGGUUCGGUUCAGACCAUAAUUUAUGAACAUCUCGGUUAUCAGCUCUUCUGUACGUAAUCGAUGCCCAACAUUUUGAACCACCGCCAGAAGAUGGAGAGGUUCGGUGCUGCCUUCACUCAUCUGAUCUGGUAUCGUAAUGAGGGUGACGACUUCUUGUCUGUAAUUGUCACCGGGGACGAAUCACGGUGACACUACUACGAGCCUGAAAUACUAUGGCAAGGCUUACAGUGGAAACAUUCGAAUUCAUCACCCCCAAAGAAAGCAAAGGCCCUCAUUUCCGCUGAAAAAGUGUUGACUUUCUUUUUCAAUCGUCAGGGGCCAUUGCUCAUCGAAUUUGCUAAACCUGGAGAGACUAUCAAUCGUUUCCGAUAUUGUGAAACGCCUGAUCAAAAACAAACGACGUGAAAAAUUGACGAAUGGGGUCAUCUUGCUCCACGACAAUGCCCAUCCCCACGUCGCUGAUGUGGUUAACACAAAACUGGCAAAGUUCAAGUGGGAAACGCUGCAACAUCCGCCAUACGUCCCAAAGCCUGUGGCCUUGCGACUUCCACAUUUUGGGGCAACUGAACAAACAGCUCAAGAGAACGAGAUUAAUGUCGGACAAUGACUUGAAAGAGUCGCUUACGGACUUUUUGAAGCAGCAACCUAAGGAGUUUCAUGAGAUGGGAAUCACGCUACUCGUUAGUCAGUGGGACAAAUGUCUAAAUGCUCAUGGAGACUACUUUAAAAUAAAGUACCCCGUUUAUCACACAUUCGCAUUGGCUCAAUUUCAUUCGACUCGCCAUCAUAUGUAUUGCAGAACUCCUGCUUUUUACAUGUGCUCUUUCUGGCGACUAUAAUUUCUGUACAAUUACUCACAAUACAUUACCGUUGACAGCUGCUCUUGCGCAAUACUUUGGAACAAAGGACAGCGCCAUUACGAUUUUUCCCUGGCCAUUGCAUACGUACAAACAUGUAAAAAUGGUUCUUGACAAAGUUUCAUUAACAUAUCUCUGCUCAACUUGUUAAUUUCGAGGCCUCUGUUUUUCAUAUCAGCGGUAUGCACUGCUUUGUUGGUUGCGAAAUGAUAUACUUGUAAAGUUCGUGUAAUAUUUUCUUUACUUAUUAAAUAGACCAAGAGCACAGGA